AUGCAGUUCUCCAUCUUCGCCACCACCGCCCUCCUGGCCGUCGCCUCCGCGGCACCCAUCCUGCCUCGCGCCGUCUUUACCGACAAGACGUACAACCAGCUCUCCAUCUCUGGCGGCAAGGCCGGCAACGCCAAGGCCGAGGCCCUCGCCGCGCUGGCCGGCCUGCCCGCCGACAAGACCCAGGUCGAGAGGGCGGACCUGACGUUCCUGGAUCGCGUCAACAAGAUCGCCAACCAGGCCGAGACCCAGGCCUUCAACCCGGCCAUCGCCGCCGCCUCGGGCUCCGCAAAGGACGCUCUCGAGGCCGGCAAGACCAAGAACAAGGUCCUCAAGCUGACCGCCACCAUCCUCAAGCUCGAGGCCCAGCAGGCCCAGGGCGAGGACGUCGCCACCAAGCUGGCCGAGGAGCAGAAGAAGCUCGCCAACAACAUUGCUGCCGACACCAAGCGUGCUGGCCAGCCCAGCACUGCUCUGCAGUUUACUGCCAGCACGGCCUAG